GAGCGCGGGGUGGGGCCAGUCGGGGCUCACUUCUCACCGGGUGCGUAACUCGCCCUGGUGCCGGUUGGAAAGACUCCUUCACUUCGGCGAUUGCUCCACAGCCAUGUCCGGGAACUGGGUUCUCUUGUCACUGAUAUUUAUCUCUGUUGCUGGACCAUUGUCUAAAGGUGAAAAGGCCCAAGUGGCUGGUAUCGACUCUGAGGUGCUGAAAUUGACUAAGAAUAUUACUGAAGUGAGUUCCUGCCCAGAAGGCCUACAUCGUGAGCACCAGUUUUGUUGUCUGCCUUGUCCGCCUGGCAAACGGAAAACCAGUGAUUGCAAACACGACGGAGGUAUACCAGAAUGUGUGUUCUGCUCAGAGGGGAACGAGUACACAGACACGAGCCAUCAUUCUGACAAAUGCAUAAGAUGUAGUGCCUGUGAUGAAGAACACGGGCUAGAAGUGGAACAAAACUGUACCCGGACCCAGAAUACUAAGUGCAGAUGCAAAUCAAACUUUUUUUGUAACAGUUCUCCGUGCGAACACUGUAACCCUUGUACCACGUGUGAACAUGGAAUCAUUGAGAAAUGCUCACCAACUAGCAACACCAAAUGCAAAGUGUUCCUAUCUACAGGAUCCAGAUCUCACUCAAACAGUUUAUGGGCCCUGCUGAUCCUCCUCAUCCCAAUAGUUCUAAUAAUAUACAAAGUGGUGAAAAGUCAACACAGGAAUAAAAAGAAUGAUUAUCACAACUCUGAAGCCUCAAAUGAUGAAGGGAGGCAACUGAAUUUAACAGAUGUUGACUUGGGUAAAUAUAUCCCUAUUAUUGCUGAACUAAUGAAAAUAACUCAAGUUAAAGAAUUUGUUCGGAAGAAUGGUAUAGAGGAAGCCAAAAUAGAUGAUAUCAUGCAUGACAAUCUCCAUGAAACAGCUGAACAGAAGGUCCAACUGCUCCGCAGUUGGUAUCAAAGUCAUGGAAAGAAAAAUGCAUAUUGCACUUUGACUAAAAAUCUCCCAAAAACUCUUGCAGAGAAAAUUUGUGACAUAGUCACAAAGGACAUUACUAAUGAACGUGAAAAUGCAAACUUGCAAAAUGAAAAUGAAAACUUGGUUUAAAGUGAAAAACAACUAACUCAGUUCUGAGAAUAUACUAAAUGUUCUAAAUAUGUUCAAAUAAGUUCUGAGUAGCUAUAGAUAUUGCUUGGCUUAGCUUUUUACUGGGUGUGUUUUCUUUUUUCAUUUAUUAGAUUUGUAGAGCUAAUAUAUUUGCUCAAAGCUAUUUGUAGAGCUAAUAGCUUUGAGCAUUUCAUGAUUCUGCCUUCAAGGAUUUUUAAAGUCUAGUUGGGUAGAUGAACGCUGGUGAGAGUAAAUACCCAUGUUCAUCUUCUUGCCUAUUAAGUGUGUAAAAAAGCAUGCAUUCAAAGAUUGAGAUCAUGUUCAAGUGUGUAACAUAUGAUUCUGUCAGUGUGAAUGUAAUUAAUGUAUGUGAACACAAAUGCCUAUCCACAGGUUGACCCCAUUCCACGAAUUAGUAGAUGUGAUCAUUGUUGCCAUGUGACAAUCAACUGCCUCUAAAUUACCUCCCCAGCUCUACUGAUAAUUCUAGAGAUUUUUCCAUAUUUACAAAUUUUGUUUACACCUUUGAGAGGAGUAUAUUCAGGGAAAACUUGCACAUAUCCUCUGAAUAUAAAAUUUAAUAAGGUUCUACCUCAAAGAUCUUUGCACAGAUUAUUGGCCUUUCAUAGUGAACUAUUUCCAUUUUGGAUUCACAUAGAAAAUGCAGACUCAAUUAUAAUGCUUGAAUAUUUUGUAUUUGUCACUGUAGAUCAAAUAACCUACUUCUUUCUCAGGUGUCAAACAUUUUGGUCAGGAAAGAAUUACUAGAUCACUGUCAUCUCCCUGUUUUCACCUUGAUGUGCAUCUAGGUAGACUGAACCCCCAGACUUGAAAGGACUUCCUAAGAAACACUGAAUGAUUGAUGAAAAACUGGGGCUGCCCUUAGAAACAUCUAGCUUGAUUUGGAGAGACCAGCUGCUCUUAUGGAAGGUAGCUUUGUGGCAUAUCAUGAACCCAUGUCUAUCACCAAAGCUGAUAAGAUAGAUUCUUAUUUUGUCCCAUCCCUCACAAAGUGCUCAGUAACUUGCCAUGUAUUCUCUGUUGGUGUAAAGGCAGCUUAUACACAGCAGAAGUGAAAUCAUACUGCUGCUGCUGCUAAGUCGCUUUAGUCAUGUCCGACUCUGUGCGACCCCAUAGACGGCAGCCCACCAGGCUCCCCCAUCCCUGGCAUUCUCCAGGCAAGAACACGAGUGGGCUGCCAUUUCUUUCUCCAAGGCAUGAAAGUGAAAAGUGAAAGUGAAGUCACUCAGUCGUGUCCAACUCAGCGACCCCAUGGACUGCAGCCCACCAGGCUCCUCCGUCCAUGGGAUUUUCCAGCCAAGAGUACUGGAGUGGGGUGCCACUGCCUUCUCCAGAAAUCAUUCUAAGUGUUAAGAAUUGCCUGUUUUCUGUAGCUUCUUAGACAAGACCCUCUCCCCACUAUCACUUCCUUGCUUUUACAUUUAAACACUUUUGAAAGUUUGUAUUAACUGUGAAUGUUAAUAAAUACUAUUUAUAUUUAUAUAGUUGUAAAUGGAACACAGUUAUAAGCUGAAGCAGAUGCUCAGAACUACCUAAAGAGCGUCCAUUGAUGGAAGAUGUUUUUCCCUUAUGUUUGGAAAUAGAAAAUAUAAACAAAAAUAUUUUAUUAAAAUCAUGUUUUUGGUA